AUGCACCAUUCUUCUCUAUUGAUCACUCUUUUCACCUUCAUGCUCAGCGCCGCAAGCGAAUUGAUCGAAGUUCACGGCGUCAAAAAUGCCGGCGUACGUCCACGUUUGGAGCUGAGGGAUCUGGCGGCGAACACGGCUAUGCUGAAUCUGUUUCUUCAAGGGCUAGAAAGAUUUCAGGCAACGGACCAGAGCGAUCCAGACUCCUAUUUCGAGAUCGCCGGUAUCCAUGGUGUUCCAUACAGGUCCUGGCAAGACAUCUCCCCUAGGCCUGGUGCAUCAGCGCCCGGGUAUUGUCCUCACUUCUCCAAUGUUUUCUUCCCGUGGCACAGGCCAUAUCUUGCUUUGUUCGAGCAAAGUCUCUACAAACAUAUUCUAGAUGUUGUGAGGCAAUUUCCCGAAGGAGAUGAAAGAGAUCAGCAGCGAAAAGUAGCAGAUGCGAUUCGUCUUCCGUACUGGGACUGGGCUCUUCCACUCAAGUCAGGACCGAUCAUCCCGGAGAUCAUGUCGAACAAAACAAUAGUAGUCAAGCGGCCAAACGGCACAGAAGAAUCCAUCCAAAAUCCACUAUACUCCUAUCGAUUCCAUCCGCAUAACCCGGAUGAGUUGAAUGAUAAUGUUCUGAAAGUAUCACUGUCGGAUCAACUAUACCAAUUCAUCUCUACGAAGCGUUCUCCAACAUCAAGCCCAGCUGACAAUGAGGAUGCUCCCGAAGAUCUCAAGGCUGCCGAAGAGAGAUUCUCGACUGGUAUACAGCAGAAACGCGACCGACUGUUCAACUUAUUGUGGAAGAAUACUACUUAUUCUGCGAUCAGUAACCAUGGAGGUCAAGCAGAUAACUUCGAAGAGAUCCAUGGCUGGGCACAUUUAUCUAUUGGAGGAACAAAUGGCCCCCAUGGACAUAUGACUGAGACACCCAUGUCGGCUUUCGAUCCCUCUUUUUGGUUACACCACGCCAUGAUGGACCGGUUGAUAGCAAUCUGGCAACGACUGCAUCCCGAGACCUACGUGGAACCUCAAUCCCAGGAUUUUGGAACCUGGGCAUACUCUGUUCGUUCCACCCUGGAUGCCAAUUCUUCCCUUUAUCCAUUUCCGAAGUCACAGGACGAGAUGUGGACGUCCAACGAAGUUCGCGACACCCGCGUGUUUGGCUAUACGUACGUCGAGCUACAGCUACCCAAAAUUCAAGACAUCAAGGCUGCCGUCAACACUUUGUACAACGACAAUCCGAGCUUCGGCAAACGUAGCAUGGAUAAUGGCACGCGUGUAUACGAUCCGACAGCUGACUUCAUUGAAUAUAAUGCGAACGUUGCUAUUGACCAAAUGGCCGUUGGUGGAGGCUCUUUUGCGGUGUACUUCUUUCUAGGUACUUUCAGUCAGGAUACGACAGAUUGGGAUUACGAUGAUAAUCUCAUUGGCACGGAAGCUAUUCUCUCCAUUAAAGCCCCUCAUGGAGACUCGGGACCUUCAUUGAUCACUGGUUCAGUGCCGCUGACAAGAAGUCUUCGUGCGAGGUGGGAAAAUGGACGCCUCGAAAGUCUUGACGAGGACAAGGUAAUACCAUAUCUGCAAGAGCAUUUGCACUGGCGUGUACGCAGAUCGAGCGACGGAGCGCAGGUGCCAGUCUCCCGACUUCCAUCCCUGGCAGUCUCGGUUGUCAGCAGUCUCAUUCGACCAGCACAAAGCGAAGGCGAGUUCCCGAGGCAGCUCACUGAUACCAAGACUCAUCCAGAAGUCGUGGAUCACAAUGAGGGAGACGGAGACCUAUCCUGA